CUCAUCGUCGUCAUCAAGAUUCAAAACAACAGAUACAUAGAUGGUGGCGAUGUUGAGGUAUUAGCUUCCAACAUUUUUGAAAAAGCUGUGUAUGUCUGUCAAAUUUAUAAACUAAACAAACAAACUUAAACCACAGUGCACACAAAAUGGAGGAAGAGAACAAAACGUCACCGGAAAACCAAGAAACUGAUCAGAAACAAGAACCACCGCAGCCGAAGAGCGGAGGAGGCGGAGGAUGGGGCGGCUGGGGUUUCUCUCCAUUCUCUGUCCUCUCAGAUCUUCAAAAAGCUGCCGAGGAGAUCUCUCGCAGUGCUGUGGUUGCUGCAGAGAAGGCAACAAAGAGCAUUGCGGAUAUACAAAUUGUUGAUGAAGAUUCUGAAUCUUCUAAAGAGGAUGAGGAGAAGGAGGGAGAGCAAGAAGAAUCCGAAACUGAUAAAGAAACUGAAGGUGGGGAUUCCAAGUUACGGAGAUCCGCCUUGGAUAAACUGGAGAAAGCUAGUGAGGAUUCCUUAUUAGGACAGAGUUUAAAGGUUCUUGAUGAUUCCGUGGAGAAUUUUGCUUCAGGAGCUUGGCAAGCAUUUGGAAAUGCAUUGAAAGGAGGUUCCAAUUUAGUUCAAAAGCUUGAGAAUUCUGCCGUGAACCUUGCUGAAUCGAUUCAACAUGGAAACUUAGCAGGAGGAGCUGGUUCAGUUGCACCAUCCUUACUAGAGACUGGAAAGGCUUUUACCGCAAAGGGAAUUCAAGUGCUUGAAUAUGUGGGGAAGGAGACCAUGGAUUUGCUGAUAACAGAAUCUGGUAUGGAAGUUGAUAAAAAUUCCAAAGGAUCUGAAGGAGAUCCCGAUGAGGAUCAACUACUUGAGGAAGUGACAUUUGAUAGGUGCUUCUAUAUAUAUGGAGGUCCAGAACAGUUGGAGGAGCUCGAGGCAUUAUCCAGCCAUUAUUCUCUCUUAUUUAACCGAAGAAAAGCAAAGUUAUCUGUUGAACAGAAGUCUGUGUUUGAUGGGAAGCUUAAACUUGUUCAGCAAAUUUUCAAUUUGAAUGUUGAAAUGGAUGAGAAUGCUGCAGAAUCUAACAAAGGGAAGAAAAUAGAGACUAGCACUGAGGGAGGUAGCGACGAGAUGAAAAAUUUACAUGACUCGAGUGUUAGCAAAGCUGCUGACAUGGCUGUUGGGUUUACAAAUGCUCUAGCAGGACAAACUGUGAAUGACAUAGUUCAAAGAACUGCCAGCCGACUCGAAACACUUCACUCUGAAGGAGUUCACAGGCUUUCUGAAAUGUGCAGUUCAGCUGUGUCUCAACUUCUGAUGCUCGGAAAAUAUGUCAUAUCCAAUGCUAACAAAACUCAGGAAGAUGAUGUCGAUGGGAACGUCAUGAACAUUGACUGGCCUGAAGAUUCUGUCGAAAAAGCUAAAGUAAUCCGAACAAAGGCACAAUCGAUGACGGGAUACAUCGAAGCAGUUUCUAACAGUUUCAUUACAGGCAUCUCGGAUGUAGCCGAAGCAUACGUAGCUGCCAUGAAAACUGCUACUGCUGAUUCUCAUGAUAAACUUCCCAAGACAUCAGUCCAGGAAAAAGCCAAUGCCUUUUCUGAACUUAUCCGCACCGAUCGGACCACAGCAGUGAGUAAAAUUCAGGAUGGGUUACAAUUCUUGUCAUAUGUAGUCAUUUCCACGUCUAUCGCUGCUGCUUGAAAACUUUCUUUUUCACGUAUGACUUACUCAUACCUGUAAAUAAUUGUUUAAUUAAUUAUAGGGUGAGUUUCAUUUUA